CAACCGCGUCGCCAACUCGGGGCCGAAACUUCCCGGGGUCCUGAGCUCCUGGCCGGUGGCGGCGCCCGGACGGACGGCGGGGACCCCGCGUCUCCCGGUGCCCCGAGCCCGCGCAGCCUGCGGCCGAGCCCGAGCUUCGGGCGCCCAGCGCCCAUCAGGGCACACCGGGCACUCCGGGCGGGCAGGCUCCGGCCGCCGAUGAGGAGUACGCGGCGGCUGCGCGAGCGGCCCGUGCGCUGAGCCGAGGCUACCCCGCCCCGCGGCAGACCCGACGCCGCAGCCCCCGCAGGGAGCUCUUCUUUGGAAGAUGUUGGUUCCAGGGCACUGGGAUGGGCUGAGGUUGACCAUGCCCAGCCUGAUGUCACUGUUCACAGCAGCUCUGCUCUCCAGCUGGGCCCAGCUACUGACUGAUGCCAGCUCCUGGUGGUCACUAGCUCUGAACCCGGUGCAGAGACCUGAGAUGUUCAUCAUUGGUGCUCAGCCUGUGUGCAGCCAGCUUCCCGGGCUUUCCCCGGGCCAGAGGAAGCUAUGUCAGUUGUAUCAGGAACACAUGUCCUACAUCGGGGAGGGAGCCAAGACGGGCAUCAGGGAGUGCCAGCACCAGUUCCGGCAGAGGCGGUGGAACUGCAGCGCUGUGGACAACACAUCUGUCUUCGGCAGAGUCAUGCAGAUAGGUAGCCGGGAGACUGCUUUCACCUAUGCAGUGAGUGCUGCCGGGGUGGUGAAUGCCAUCAGCCGCGCUUGCCGAGAGGGUGAACUGUCCACCUGUGGCUGCAGUCGGACUGCAAGGCCCAAGGACCUGCCACGAGACUGGCUGUGGGGUGGCUGUGGGGACAAUGUGGAGUAUGGCUACCGAUUUGCCAAAGAGUUUGUAGAUGCCCGCGAGCGUGAGAAGAACUUCGCCAAGGGAUCAGAGGAGCAGGGCCGAGCCCUCAUGAACCUACAGAACAACGAGGCUGGCCGCCGGGCUGUGUAUAAGAUGGCUGAUGUCGCCUGCAAAUGUCACGGAGUCUCAGGGUCCUGCAGCCUCAAGACCUGCUGGCUCCAGCUGGCUGAGUUCCGCAAGGUGGGGGACCGCUUGAAGGAGAAGUACGACAGUGCUGCGGCCAUGCGCAUCACCCGCCAGGGCAAGCUGGAGCUGGCUAACAGCCGCUUCAACCAGCCCACGCCAGAGGACCUGGUCUACGUGGACCCCAGCCCUGACUACUGCCUGCGCAACGAGACCACGGGCUCACUGGGCACCCAGGGCCGCCUCUGCAACAAGACCUCAGAGGGCAUGGAUGGCUGUGAGCUCAUGUGCUGUGGCCGCGGCUAUGACCGCUUCAAGAGCGUGCAGGUGGAACGUUGCCACUGCAGGUUUCACUGGUGCUGCUUUGUCAGGUGCAAAAAAUGCACCGAGAUUGUGGACCAGUAUGUCUGUAAAUGACAGCACCCAUGCCGCCAGCCCACUCCUCUCUGCCUCCCAAAAGUCUAUAUUAUAUAAAUCUAUCUAAAUAUAUUUUAUAUUUGUACAAAUGAAUGGACAGAUGAUAAAUAAGCAAGAGAAGAAAAUGGAGAGGAAGAACUUAAGAGAUUCUGGCCCUCUGUGAGGACUGGGCUUUGCUGGUAAUCUACAGCCAUGGGGAGAGAAAUGGGCUUUUCCAUGCUCUCUGGCCAGGACUCUCAGGACCCAGGAGCCUGAGAGUGUCGCGCGCCAUCGCC